CAUGUUCAGUGCGCUCUUCAUCUACCAUGCGCUACGCAAACCUACAGUCGUCGCCUACACCCCGUUCAUUACACGCACGUCACACACAACGCGACGCGUGACAGUACAUGACGAUGGCAUCGGGGGAACGCGUCGACAUGAGGAACGGCCGAGAUUACACGAUGCCCAACGUCACCGAUCACGGAUGUGAUGCGCUGAUGGAUGUGGUCGAAGAAUGGCUCAAGGUACUCUUGCCCACCUAGCACACGCCAGCCGCGCGGCAGCAUCCGAGGCGCGCUCCUUGGAGCAGCUGGCCUGGGAGGUGGACUGUGGCGUGUCUGGUGCGGUCAGUCACGGCGGUCGCAUGUGCCUGAGGCGAUUGCAGUCGUCUCAACGAGCUUCAUCCACAGCCUCACCGCCCAAGCCUUGCGACCUCGACGUCAACGACAAGAGUCGUAGGCCGCACCCCGCCUCCAACCCCGCCUUGCCCGUGCAUGUCGUUCCAUGAGACGCACCACGCUCGGAUGAAGCGGAGGUAACCGAUUCUCGGGCCAACGACUGUGCCUCGGUUCAGCCGGCCCGGGCCGGACAUCCGCCCCAGCCCACCACAUCCACAUCCGAUCCACGUCGC